AUGCUGGGGAUGAAUCCUACGUCAUCGCGUGCGGAUUUCAUGGAGAUGACGACACCAAGUGAUGCGGUGCCAAAGUAUGUAAACAACGUAAACCACAUGCCGUCUCCUUCGAUGGCUUUGGAUCUGGAUACGCCACGUACAGUAGAAGUGGUCACGAGUGACGGAAUUCCUACUGGAGCAUGGGCCUCGGGUCUUUUUGAUUGCUUUGAUAAUCUCAUGCCCAACUGCUUUAUGGUCACCUUUUGUCCAUGUGUAGCGAUAGCACAGCUGUCGACCCGAUUAGGUGUCGCCUCCUACAGAGUUAUCCUGAGUUUGCUGCUGUUUGUAAUGACAAUGGAGCUCACCACGUUUGGGUUCGUCUGGACUACAGGUAACGAUUAUGACCAUGACACGAACGAUGACGUUCUAAAGGUGGCCAAUAGCGCCUUUGUGCUCAUCACGCUCAUCAUACAGAUGCUGCUGUUCGUGUACAUCUGGCUGCUUCGCUCUAAAACACGCAAGCUAUUCCAGCUCCCAGGCAACGCAAUGACGGACUGUCUGAGUUCAUGGUUUUGCUCGUGCUGUACGGUGGCUCAGCUCCGUACCCACGUACGCUGCUACCAGCCGGGAAGCUGCACCUUUCGAGCCCCCGAUGUGCUCCAGGCCUACCCGGGCAAGUCGUACGCAGUGUAA